CAUGGACGCGUUUUCUACUGUAAACCGUGGAGCUCAGACUGUCAAGGCAACGUUAAACUAGUCCCUUAUUUGAUUUUUGAUGCCAAAUUUGACAGAGGGAUAGCUAUAGCUAACAGCAACAGCUUCCUCCAGAUUAUUAUUAGCCACUGGGGUACAGGCAGACUUCAAGAACAUGCUCAUUCAGAUGUGUUGGAGUCGGGCUUUUCUCGCCGGCUGGGUUCUGUUGCUGGUGCUGCUCCAGUAUUUACAGGCUGUUCCCAUCGGCAUCGACAAGACAAAAGUCAAAGAGACAGAGGAAAAACCCGAAGAGCCACCAGCCAGCGUGGACACUGGACUCCACUACGACCGCUAUCUCAGGGAAGUCAUUGAUUUUCUUGAAAAAGAUCAGCAUUUCAGAGAAAAGCUGCACAAUACAGACAUGGAAGACAUUAAGCAAGGUAAGCUGGCUCAAGAACUGGACUUUGUCAGCCAUCAUGUCAGAACAAAGCUAGAUGAGUUAAAAAGACAGGAAGUAAACCGACUGCGCACCCUGAUUAAGGCCAAGCAAGACCUCGAAGGAGGAAAUGAUAUAGCUGUGGACCACCAGGCUCUCUUGAAGCAGUUUGAGCACCUGAACCACAUGAACCCACAUACGUUUGAAGUGGAGGAUCUGGAUCGGCUCAUUAAAUCGGCAUCUAAUGAUCUGGAGAACUUCGACAAAGAGAGACAUGAGGAGUUUAAGAGGUAUGAGAUGAUGAAGGAGCAUGAUAGGCGGGAGCAUCUGAAAACCCUGGAUGAGGAGCAGAGAAAGAAAGAAGAGGAGCACUAUGAGGAGAUGAGGAAGAAGCAUGCUGAUCACCCUAAAGUCAACCACCCGGGCAGCCAGAAUCAACUAAAAGAGGUUUGGGAGGAAGCUGAUGGCUUAGACCCUGAGGACUUUGAUCCAAAGACCUUUUUCAACCUGCAUGAUACUAACGGAGAUGGUUUCUUCGAUGAACAGGAGCUUGAAGCGUUGUUCACCAAAGAGCUGGAAAAAAUGUACGACCCCACCAAUGAAGAGGAUGAUAUGGUGGAAAUGGAAGAGGAGAGGCUGCGGAUGAGAGAGCAUGUUAUGAACGAGGUGGAUUCUAAUAAAGACAGGCUGGUGUCUUUAGACGAGUUCUUGGUUGCUACAAAGAAGAAAGAAUUCCUGGAGCCAGAUAGCUGGGAGACUCUGGAGCAGAAUCAAGCUUAUACAGAUGAAGAGAUGAGGGAGUUUGAGGAGCAUCUGGUUCAGCAAGAACUCGACCUCAAUCAGAGGGCUGUAGAUCUUCAAAAACAGAGAGAGGAGCUGGAGCGACAGCAGGAGCAGCUGAAUGCACAGAAAAUUGAACUCCAGCAGGCUGUUGAGCAUAUGGAACAACUGAAGUCAGAGAAAGUAGAUCCUCCUCCAGAGGUUCACAUCGAAGGAGACGCUGUCCCCGAGGUCCAUGCAGCCGACAACCAGUUGCAUCUUGAUCAAGAAGCCCACCUGCCAGGACAUCACGAGACACCGGAGCACCAUCAAGAUACACAACAGGAGCACCAAGAACAACACAAUCAAGUCAAUCAGGACUUACCUCAGCAAGGUCUCCCCCAGGCACAUCACGAAGAACCGCCAAACCAUCAGGAAGUUGCACAAGGCCAGCAUAACCUAUCAUAACAGUGCCGUCAAAACAAGAUAAAAUCAGCACCAGACUUUUUGCUGUACUUCAACUCGUGCUUAGAGACGAGCGAUGCCUCCCCAUCAUUUGACCACUUUAACCAGUACAACCAGCAUUUAGGUUUUUUGACUACAGAUGAAGAUUGGCACAUAUCCGAUCUGUUAUCCCCGAUAAAAGUGAUUGACAUCAGUAACCUUCAGGUUACUAUUAUUGAUAGAAUUUAAAAUGACCCACCAAUCACACGUAUUGCAAAAUAUCUCAGAGAAAUGCAAAGAAAUAAGAAGAGUGUUUUAUAUCUAUGUGGAGCAGUGAUUAGGUCUCUUUACUCAUCAGGUUUUUUGAUUCGUGCAGAUCAGUUUUAAAGAGGAUUAUAGUGAAAACAAAAUCAUUUUAGCUUCUCUCUGUUAUUCCUGCAUCAGAUUUUAGGUUACACUCCAACGUCUGGUGAAAGAAAUUUGAGGAACAUUUUAAAGAUUUUCUACAGUUAAUUAUUCAGAUCAUAAGAACUUGGCAUAUAUAUUGUCUUUUUUUGCUGAAUCCUAAACAAGUUUACGUCAAAAGUGAAAACAUGUUUGGUGCAGCUAACUUUUAUGUGAGACAAAAACACUCCAGCUUUAUGACAGAUUUAUCUGAAGAACGUAUUUCUAUGAAGGGAGGUUAUCUGUCAAACCUUUACCUAAAAGGGACAGUCUGAAAAAACAAUGGAAAAAGACAAAUGCUGGUCAUCUUAAAGCCACGCAGCAGCGGCUGCCUGAUGCAUUUGUUCAAUUAACGGUGCUAGAAAUAAAGGUAUGAGUGGAAGAAAAAAACAAAAAUCUGAUUUCAUUUCACAGUGCGACAAAAUCUGUUUGGUGAUUUAAUGUUAAGUAUAUAAUUGCUCUACAUGUUUCCCUGCUUCAAUCACCACACCUGAGAUGAUGACCUGGACAGCUUCUUAUCAGGUUCUGCAGAAGCCUGGUUGAAUCAGGGAAAUAAUGUCAGAUUUGAAAGGGUAGAGUGGGAAACGGAGUACUGCAUUCUUCCGGAAGGGUUUUAUAAUAAAAAAACAUUGAUCACAUAGAAUAAAAAAAGAAAACAGUGACUAUUUUGAAUACAACUGGUUAUACAGAAAUGUGUGCAUGUUUGUUAAUUUAAGAACAAUUUAAAGCAGAAUUCUAGCUGUACAGAUUGUCAUUUGCUGCAAUUAUUUUAAUGCUAUUGCAAGCAGAAUUAAUUUGGUUUUGUCUGGUAGAGAAGCAUUUCUUGGUUCAAAAUAUAAAUAUAUAUACAUGUUUUCUCAAAGGUUGCUGGUUUGGUGAAGUUGGAUUGAUCUCCAGGUUGCUUUUUCAGAAAUCAUUCUUGGUUUCACAUUUGAUGCUGCUUUUUCUUUACUGGAGAAUGUUUAUUUUAGCAAUGAGACAUCUUAUUGUGGUAAAGGCAGUUAUGUUACUUCAUGCUCUCAUGUUUUCUGUGUCACGUGUUCCUUUAGAAACAGUGAGGCAUUAUAACUUUGCACAAAACUUACAGGUCGGGUUUCUGAAUGCCUGCAGCUGAAUACCAGUCAUUCGGCAAAACAACAGACCUCAGUUCAAGAUAAUAAAACUGUUUACCUUUUAUCAUA